AUGUCGCUCGUCUCCGGAGAGAAGAGCAACUUCCAGUACAUUCUGCGUCUCCUCAACACCAACGUUGAUGGAAAGCAGAAGGUUAUGUACGCCCUGACCAAGAUCAAGGGUGUCGGCCGCCGCUACUCCAACUUGGUCUGCAAGAAGGCCGAUGUUGACCUCAACAAGCGCGCCGGUGAACUCACCUCGGAAGAGCUCGAGCGCAUCGUCACCAUCAUCCAGAACCCCACCCAGUACAAGAUCCCUACCUGGUUCCUUAACAGGCAACGCGACAUCACCGAUGGCAAGGACGGCCAGGUUCUCGCCAACGGCGUCGACUCCAAGCUCCGUGAGGACCUUGAGCGCCUGAAGAAGAUCCGCGCUCACCGUGGUCUCCGUCACUACUGGGGUCUCCGCGUUCGUGGCCAGCACACCAAGACCACUGGCAGGAGAGGCCGUACCGUCGGUGUCUCCAAGAAGAAGGGUUAA